UUCUCUCUUCUCUUCUUUUGUGAUGCUUUUACAUCUCUACACUGAAGACCCAGCUCUUACAUGCGAUCCACCAGCUCCAGACCCAUUUCUGUCAGUUACUCUGAUUCCAAUGGAAGCAUGUGCUCUCUCUCUCUCUCUCUCUCUCUCUCUCUCUCUCUCUCAGGAAAGAAUACCUAUCCUCAUUGCCUCUAUAAGCCUAUGGUCACAUACCCUCAUGAAUCUUUCUUUCCAUAUCCGGCAGUGGAACGUCAGUGCGAUACAGUUGCCGUUGUCGCACAGAUAGCCGCUGUCAGUGCCACGGGGAACAUUUCUCAUUAUGACUGUGUGGAAACAGUUGCGAGUGGUCUUGAGAUGAUUAGGAAUACGGCUUCCUUUGACCGUUCCCUAUUUGCAUCCCCACUGUCUCCCCGCACACAUUCUCCGACGGUCUGGAGGUGGACAACCGAAGAUGGAUGGUCUGAGGCUCGGAAACCAGAAUCCAUCUCUGGGCCACGGCUGAAUUCCGGGCCUGGAGCAGAUCCAUUCGAGGAGCUUUUCGAGAUUGUAGUACACGGGACCGAGAGGGAAUCUCUCGCCGUUCUCUUGCCUGUUCGGUCCAGCUUGUGGCGGAAAGUGGUGGGUGGACGUGUUUGGGGAAGACAUAUCGGGCUUUGUUGCCUUAGACGAAAUCCUCAAGGGUGUCGGAAAUCGCUAUCCUAUAGAUUGUAAUGUAAUGUGUUCACUCUUCGUAGGAUCCCUUCGACCUUCAUCUAUAUAGCUGGGCUCCUCUGUCUUUCCUCAGACGCUAUCACAUCGAUUGAC